AUGCCCAUCAAUAUAGAAGAUGAGCCCGAUUGUGGGUCAGAUGCUGAUGUUAUGUCUGAUGAUGGACCAUAUAUUCCUGGAAUUCCAUCAACAGAACCUUCAAGUGUCGUAACACUUGAAACAAAUGCAACUACCAAAAGGAAAAGAAGGAGUGUAGUUUGGGAUGAGUUCACAAUCAUUGAUGGGCAGGGUUUUGAUGAUGGAAAGAAUCGAGCUGAAUGCAAAAGAUGUAAGCAAGUUUAUAGGGCUGAUAGUAAUAUUAAUGGUACUGGAAGCCUUAGGAGACAUAUUCUACAUUGCCCAAAAAGGGAAAACAAAGGAAACACAAGCACCCAAAUGAUUUUUGGUGUAAAUGAUGGGAAAGUGAUGUUAAGAGACCAAAAAGUUGACCAAGAUUUUGUGCGGGACAAAAUUACGAAGCUUAUUGUGAGACAUGAGUUACCUUUAGUUUUUGUUGAGUAUGAGGAGUUCAGAGAGUUAAUUACAUACCUUUUUCCGGGCUAUACCCAUAUUGCUCGAAACACACAAAUGUCAGAUAUUUUGAGGUUAUACAAUUUGGAGUCCAUUAGAAUCAGGAAUUUACUUAACUCAUUUCCUGGGAGGAUUUCUUUGACAAGUGAUUUAUGGACAUCUAUCACUAAUGAUGGAUACAUUGCUUUGACUGCCCAUUACAUUGAUAAGGAUUGGGUGUUGCAUAAGAAGUUGUUGAAGUUUUGCAUCAUGCCACCUCCACACACUGGCAUCCAUAUUUGUGAAAUGGUUUCAAAAAUCUUGUCUGACUAG